AGUUCGCAACAUGCUUGUUUUGCGACGAAAGAUUCACUUUACCCUCAGAGGAAGGAAAUAUCUUGAAGCAUUUGUUUGUAACGCAUCAUUUCAUCAUUGCGGAAGGUCAUGUCAUCAGUAAUCUCAAAAAGGAGCGAAAAAAGUUCUGUGCCUCAGUCUUCAAAUUGGGACUUAACCUCUUUGCGUCCUGGUAGAUCUUCGAUGCUGAUGGCUGAUAGGUACUCAUUGUCAGCCUCACUUCAGAGGGUGGCGAACAAGUCUGGCAUCAUUUCCACUCAAACAAAUCAGCGUCAGUCACUAUGCCCAGUCAAUCAGGAGUGUUAAAGAUCCAAAGAAGCACAAUUGCAACUAUCGUUCAAUCAUGAUUCCUCCAUCAAUCUAUAGAUACUUGGACUUUUGGAGGAUUCAAUUUGAAAGCAGCUCUAAUGCUCUUGAGAAAUUUUGCACCAAGUUCAAGGUUGACAUUGAGCACGAAUGUGACAUUGAAAAAGAUGUUGAGUGUUACAUGCUCUCUGACCAUGUUGAAGAAGAUAAAUGCUUGCGGCAGCACUUACAUAAGGAAAAAUUAGAAGCUGCGCUUACUCAACAACAGUUUGAACGUGAAGAUACCAGUUUCAAACGAUGCUGUCUUUUUUGUCGUUUCGAGGAAACGGGCACCCGAGCAAAAUACUUGGAACACUUAGCCUCUAAUCAUAACCUCCAGUUGGGACGACCGGACAACUUAGUUUAUAUUGAUGAUUUUCUAGAUAAUAUUGAAGAUAAAAUAAAGAAUCUUAUCUGUAUCUUCUGCGAAAGAACGUUUAAAGACCGCAACGUGCUUCGUGAGCAUAUGAGGAAGAAGGGACACAAAAGACCUAACCCUAGGAAUCGAUUUUACAAUCAGUUUUACAUCGUUAACUAUCGUGAGAUGGGGAAAACGUGGCAAGAUGAAACUCAAAUUAACUGUAGGCAUCAAGGUUACCGUUCUGACAGCGAAGACGAGGAUGGGCAUUGGUCCGAUUGGGAGGAAAAAGAAGAAUCCAACAUCGUGUGUCUAUUCUGUCCUCGGUCUGCUCAUAGUGAUGUUGGAAUAUUUUUACAUAUGUCUGCUUAUCACAACUUCAGUUUUAAGGAAUUGACUCAUGGUCUCCAUUUUUAUGAAAAAGUUAAAGUAGUCAAUUUUAUUCGACGGAAAGUUUUAGACACACGGUGCAUUAUUUGUGAUAGUAAAGCUGAAUCCAACUCAGCAUUGUUAGUCCAUAUGGAAGAAGCAAAGCAUUUCAGGUUACCGGAGAAAGAAGUCUGGGAUCAACCCGAGUUUUUCUUCCCAAUCUUUGAGGAUGACAACCUCCUUACUUAUCUUGAAAAUGAUGACACGGAUGACAAAAUUAAAAAAACAGAAAAUCUACCGGGGGAAAUUUGAAUGCAGAUUCACAAGCAAAAUUCCAAAACCAAUAGUCUUUCAGAUGAUGAUCGCAAAGAAUACUGCGCAUAAACUGAGUAGAAAGAAGUUUGUGUAACUUGCAUUUUGAAAAUCCAAGUUUUCAGAAGGAUAAUAACCUGUAAUAUUUUCUUCGAUUAGACACGAUGACAUGGUAAAUGAUUUUGCAUGCUGAAGUUAUUUUUUGAUGUCUCAGGACCAUUGUCCUCAGUUCGUGGAUGAACAGCAACCUCUCUUACUUGAUUCUGCUAUCGGCAAAGACUGGGUUUAACUUGCGAGUUUAUCUAAGGCUGAAUUAGUCAAGCCAUCAAUGUAUGUACAGAGAAGUACAAACAAUGCAGUAACCUGAAAUGUGUUAAGGAUAAAAAGCGAGAAAAAUCAAACAAAAUAUGGAUAACCGAGGCUAGAAAUCGGAUAUUUAAAAACGUCUAAUUUCAAGAGUAUGUUUUUCGUUAUUUAUCCUUGCCAUCAAUAAAUUAAUUCCCUAAACAGUGAGUGCCUUGAAGAACUACCAUUUUAUUUUAAAAUGAAAUUGCUUUUUCCGAAUAUUUGUUUAAAUAUUAUUCUAAUUUUUGUUCAGUCCUUUUCUAAAAUAUGUUGACUUGUCCGUGAACUAGUUAAUGACACAAAAAUAGCAUGAUAUAGCCACACAAAAUGGCUGCCCUUAAGUUGCAUUCAACAGAAAA